AACGGGACGACGACGACAUUCCCCGCCCCCCUUUCCGCGUCGCAGCGCGAGCCACCGCACCGAGCGGGAGGUGCGCGCGAGAGCGGCAGCAGGUUCCUUUCAGGCUGAGACUCGUCAGAAGUUGAGUUGCUGUUUUUUCUCAAUUUCUUUCUUUCUUUUACCUCAGUUUUCGGGAGGUUGUUAGUAGCGGUGCUUCAUCACCUGGAAUUACAUACAUGUAGUGGCGCAGCAGGGAGGGAAAUGUGACAAUAAUUGCGACUUUUCAUGGGAAAAUAUCAUAACCAUAAUAAAAUAAUAAUUAUUAAUUAAUAUAUCAUGAUGAAUGAUGAUGAUCGUGUUCCUCUGAGGUAAAACGCCGCGUCCCUCGUCUUUUUUUCUGCGAAGAACUUCUUCUUCUUCUUCUUCUCGUUUUCUUCUCCGGCUGAGAGGAAUUCGCUCCGUCCGUGUUUGUGUCCCUCAUCGACAUCAUGCUUCUCUGAAGACUUGCGUUUUUUUUUCCUGCUUAGUUUUUGGGGACUUAGUUCGUUUCUCGAGUCAGAGACUCUGCAGCUUCUGCUUUCUCACACCAGCCAGCCAGCGCAGCGGCACAAUGACAAUGGUGGUGGCGGAGGCUGCCGCGGUCGUCGUUCUCCUCCUCCUCCUAGUUUCUUCCCUGGGAAUCUCUCAGCUCACCGCAUUAGAGUUGAAGUUUAUUUCGGACCCCCCAAAGUUGAUUCCAGAAGGAGUUUACAAGAUAAAUGCCAGUGAAACUCUGGAACUCACAUGCAGUGGUCGGCAGCAUGUAGAGUGGAGCAACCCUCAGGAUCGCACCUUGGAAGAUGGAAGAGUAUCCAUAGCAGACUGCAGUGGUGCAGGCCUCUUUUGCUCCUCUCUACGCAUCAACAAGGCUGUGGCUAACGAUACAGGGCAGUACCGAUGCUCAUACCGCGGCAUGCCUGCAGAGGAUGCCAAGACUGCUGCCUCUGUUUACGUCUACGUGCAAGACUACAGAGUACCGUUCAUCCACUCCUCCCACACCUACGAUGUUGUGUUCAUCCGAGAGGGUGAGCCUGUGGUCAUACCCUGCCUUGGCUCCAUUGAGAACCUAAAUGUCACGCUGUACACGAAGUUCCCUAAGAAAGAGCUGUUCCCCGAUGGGAAGGAAGUCCGCUGGGACGGUCGGAAAGGCUUCUCCAUCCCCAGCCACCUCAUUAGCCACGCAGGAGUGGUCUUCUGCCAGGCACACAUUGGCAAUGAGACGUUCCAGUCCUCCUUCUACAUAGCGGCAGUUGUUGGGUACAAGAUCCACCAGCUGACACUGAGCCCAACCCAGCAGCAACUGGCUGUGGGAGAGAGACUGGUGCUGAACUGCACUGCCUACACCGAGCUCAACGUGGGCAUUAACUUCAGAUGGAGCUACCCGGACCCAGUACACCCAGACAUCCGCUCCCACAAAAAGAAACUGUGGAACUCUCUGGAACUCUCCAGCACACUCAUUGUGGACAAUGUGACGCUGAAUGACACUGGCGAGUACAAGUGUUCUGCCUCCAGUGGGCAGAUGGACAAAACAAGCAUGGCCACGUUGUUUGUCUAUGAGAAGCCCUUCAUUGUACUGAGCAAAGAGUGGAAGCCCACAGUGGAGGUCAAUGUAGGGGAGCAUAUUGCAAAGAUCCCAGUCAGAUAUUACGCUUACCCGGAACCUGACGUCAAGUGGUUUAAAAACAGCCAACCUGUAAUCAAAGAAGACAUGAGAUUCAGCCGGAUCCGGGCAGACAAGGACUCACUCACGAUUUAUGAUGUAGCUGAGAAGGAUGCUGGGAAUUAUACAGUAGUGCUGAGGAACCCAAGUACCCGAGAGGAGAAGAAGGCUUUUGUUCAGCUCAUUGUCAAUGUCCCACCCCAGAUCUAUGAGAAGGAGGUGGCUGAGGACAGUGAUAUCCACAUGUAUGGGAGCAGCCCCACCCUCCGCUGCACUGCCCGUGGACUGCCCUCACCUGUCCACUUCCUUUGGCAGUGGAUGCCAAGAGAAGACUGCCCCCUCAACUUCCUGUCGGAUGGCUGGAGGUCAGGAAUGAGGCUGACUGCUUGUAACAAAUGGCGGGACAUCACAAACAACACAGGGCAGAAUCUGGUUGAGAGUCUAACCACCGACACCGACAUCACCAACAAGCAGACUAUCAGUUUGCUGAAGAUCCAGAAGGCCACAGUCCACGCUCUGUACCGCUGUGUUGCAUCCAACAAAGUGGGCCGUGAUGAACGGAUCAUUUUUUUCCAUGUCACACGAGGCCUGGAGUUGGACAUAUUGCCAUCCAAGGAGCCCAUUGAGCAGGACAGUGUGGUUCUCAAGUGCAAAGUUGACCAACUCCUCUAUGGGAACCUGCGCUGGUUCUGGCUGGGGUACAACAUGUCCCAUGUGGAUGACUACCCUCCUGUCCAGUCUUGCCGUUCUUUGGCCUUGCCCGCUGAACCCCUACCCCAGGCCACUCUAUCAGGCCCACGGGGUACAAACAUCAGCCUAGUGCUGUCCAUUGCCAAUGUUUCCCGGCAAGACCAGGGGCUCUACGUGUGUCAGGUUGAGAACAUGAAGACCAAAGAGAAGACCUGCCUGGUUAACCAGCUGAUCCUUAGAGCUCUUCAAGUUGCAAAAGUAGUCAUGGGACCGACUGACCAGAGAGUGAAUGUCAGUCACACGACCUUGCUGAUGUGUGAAGUCACUGGGACUCCCACACCGACUGUCGUGUGGACCAAGGACAAUAGGACUCUAGUGGAGGGUUCAGGUGUUGUUCUCACUCAGAGGAACCAGACUCUGACCAUCCAGCGUGUCAAGAAGGAGGACAGCGGCCUGUAUGCCUGCAGAGCCUGCAACAGGCAAGGCUGUGAUGUUGCACAAGCAGCCCUCUUAGUGGAAGGGGCAGAGGACAAGACCAACAUGGAGCUCAUCAUCCCCAUUGGAGCGGUGGCCGUUGCCAUGUUCUUCUGGCUGCUCAUUGUAUUCGUGAUCCGCAGCAGGAAGAGGUCUAGUGACGGAGACCUAAAAACAGGCUACCUGUCAAUCAUCCUGGAUUCGGAGGACAUGCCCAUGGAGGAUCAGUGUGAGCGUCUGACCUACGACCCCACCAAGUGGGAGUUUCCUCGAGACCGGCUAAAGCUCGGAGAACCUCUCGGCCGUGGGGCCUUUGGCCAGGUUGUAGAGGCUGCUGCAUUUGGCAUCAAAAAAGCCUCCACGUGUACCACGGUUGCUGUGAAGAUGCUGAAAGAGGGAGCUACUUCCAGCGAGUACCGAGCCCUGAUGUCAGAGCUCAAGAUCCUGAUCCACAUCGGCCAUCACCUUAACGUGGUCAACCUGCUUGGAGCCUGUACAAAACCAGGCGGUCCUCUGAUGGUGAUCGUUGAGUACUGCAAGUAUGGCAACCUGUCCAGCUACCUAAAAAGCAGACGUGCAGAGUACCGCCCUUUCAAGGCUGGGCAGAGGAUGCCACUUUGGUCUCCAAUGGAGGAAGAUCUGUGCAACGGCGACCUAGGUUUGGGGACAAAUGUCCAGCAUUGCUCCCCGAAGGCCAGGGCUGCCCGCUGUGUCUACACUAAGGAUGGAUCAGUCUGCCACCUAGAGGAUGCAGCCGGCAGUGAUGAUCUAGAAAAAAGCCACCUCACCAUGGAGGACCUGAUCAGCUACAGCUUCCAGGUGGCUAAGGGCAUGGAGUUCCUAUCCUCUCGCAAGUGCAUCCACCGAGACUUGGCUGCAAGGAACAUCUUGCUUUCUGAGAACAAUGUGGUGAAGAUCUGUGACUUUGGCUUGGCUCGGGAUGUGUACAAAGACCCCGACUAUGUCAGGAAGGGAGACGCACGACUCCCACUGAAAUGGAUGGCCCCUGAGACCAUCUUUGACCGAGUCUACACCACACAGAGCGAUGUGUGGUCUUUUGGAGUCUUACUCUGGGAGAUUUUCUCUCUAGGUGCAUCACCAUACCCAGGUGUGGUAAUCGAUGAGACUUUCUGCAGAAGACUGAAGGAGGGGACACGAAUGAGAGCACCUGACUAUUCUAGCCCUGAGAUAUAUCAGAUCAUGUUGGAAUGCUGGCUGGACAGACCCAAAGACCGGCCAACGUUCACCGAGCUUGUCCAGCACCUGGGUGACCUGCUGCAGGCUAGGGCUAAACAGGAUGGGAAGGACUACAUCCCCCUGACUGUCGAUCACCUGGAGGGGUCUUUCGCAUCCCGCAGGUUUCCAGAGAUUUCUCAUAACCCCCUGCUCCACUAUGACAACGCGGCCUUCCUCGGAUUCUCUCUGCAGAGUGACAGGUGUGGGAGCACCUUUGAAGAUGUGCCACUGGAAAAACGUGUUGUGAUGGCUGGACAGACAGAUAUGGGAAUGGAUCUGUUGCCUGAGGCCAUGAAGAGGCUGGACCGUGUCCAUCCCCAGACACCAAAUUUCAGUGCUCUGUUGCGCUGUAAAAGCAAGGAGUCCCUGGCAUCUGAGUCAUCGAACCCCACCAGCGGCUACCAGUCAGGCUACCAUUCCGACGAUGCGGACAUCCCUGUUUAUGCCAACGACGAGGUCGUCCUCAAGAGGGACCUGCAGCUGAAGGCCCCUCUCAGCGGGUGUAGCAUGUUCACGAGUGAAGUGCGCUACAGCGCCCCCCCCGUCUAGUGCCUCCCUGUGACUACCUGACACCACUAGAGCUCUAAAGAUGCACACCUGAUACCCUCAGUGCUCCUCUACACAUACACUCAUUACCUUCAGUGUUACUGUGCACACACAUCCUGGCUACUGUGCCCACGCAGCGUUGACUGCAGGCCUGCUCUUCACACAGCCUUGGUUUCAGUGUUUGGACGUCCUGCAGAUACAGACCGUGUCGAACAUUCUUUUCCCUGCUUUCACCAGCACAGAAAUGCCUCGUACACCCAUCAUGCUGUGUGGGUGCUUCAUACCGGUUCACUGUAUUGUAGAAGUAAAUGUAAUACUGUAUAUUGUGGUCGUCUGUGGAAGAAAAGCAUGUAUGCACUACAUGUUAGCUGUCAUGCUUCCUGAAAGCCUAAGCUUGAAGUUGAUGUUGGAGAACAGCAGGGCAGAGCCGUCCCUCUUGUGGACACGAGGACUUCCUGUGGCAGGAAGCUUGUGCAGAGCUGUGUGAGACUGGGAGUCGGCCGCUGUUUUCUUUCCAGUUGUGUUGUGAAGGCAAGGUCAGCGUGCUCUGACACGGAGCUCUCCUGCCCAGUAUCUAGCUUUAGGUUUCCGCCAUGGUGUUUCUUUCGUUCCUGAGCUUCACCCAGUUGUACAGUUCGUAAUGAAAAUGCCACUAUGUUGUACCAUUAUUAACAGACCUGUAAUAAAUGUAACUAGUUUUAUAAAAUAAACGCACAUUCCAGA